CAUCUCUUACAGAAAUUAAUUAUCACAAAAAAAAAAAACAUAUACAAAGAGACAAAACUGAGAUGAAGGGCUUCUGUUUCAUUGCUUCUCUUCUUCUUCUUCUGCCCGCUGCUUCCUUCUCCAAGCCCACUGACUUCGUCCCUUCGAGGGCUACUCACUACACCACACCCGACGGCAAAGGCACUCCAAGUGGGGCAUGUGGAUAUGGUGAAUCUGGAAAAGACAUGAACUAUGCUAAAGUGACCGGUGUUUCCAACCUUUGGUACGGAGGAACCGGCUGUGGCGCCUGUUAUCAGGUGAAAUGUACAAUGUAUCCGUACUGUAAGAAAGAGGGAGUGACGGUGGCGGUGACGGACUACGGGCAGGGUGACCGUACGGACUUCGUGAUGAACAAGGCAGCGUUCGCCCAAAUGGCUCGGCCCGGAGCUUCUGGCCGGCUGAUAUCGUACGGAACGGUCGACGUCACGUACCGGAGGGUGCCAUGCAGAUACGCCUCCCCUAACGUCCGUAUCAAGAUCCAUGAGAACAGCCGCUACCCUGACUACCUGUCCCUCGUCCUCCUGAACGUUAACGGCGUUAACGACGUCAAGGCCAUCGAAGUCAAGGGGUAUCAAGGAGGGUGGGUAAGGAUGAGGAACGCGUACGGUGCGGUGACUACCUGUCCCUCGUCCUCCUGAACGUUAACGGCGUUAACGACGUCAAGGCCAUCGAAGUCAAGGGGUAUCAAGGAGGGUGGGUAAGGAUGAGGAACGCGUACGGUGCGGUGUACGACCUGCCAACCCCGCCAAAGGGGAAGCUGUCGGUGAGGGUGUUGGUCCACGGCUCGGCCGGCGAGACAUGGAAGCAAGCCACCGGCGCCAUCCCUUCCCUCUGGAAACCCAAAGCUAUCUACGACUCCACCAUCCAACUCUACUGAAUUGAUACGUCGACCAAUGAAUGAUAUCAUAUGGUUUCAAAAAAAUAUAUGGUUAUUUAUAAAUAAUAAAAAUUCGUAUAUACAUAUAUAUAUGUGUAUAUAUAUGAAUGAAUAAAUUUGUGGGCUUGUGAAUGUCGUUUGCCUUUUGUAAUUAUUUUACGUUCAAGUUCAAAUGAAUAAAAAAGUAUAA